AUGGAAAGCAGCGGUGGUGGCGCUCUUGACCCCGCGGUCAUCGCGACGGGCUUCCAAAACAAUGGCCAGGGUCAACCUGCUGCUGGCCAGGUCGCGUCACUCACCUCGUCGAAUAACUUCAUCAACUUCUGCUUGACCGCCCCCAAUCAGCCGAUCACCAAUGGCCAGCAGAUCACUGGUGGGUCCUGCAACCCCGCACCUAUGGGUUCCAUCCCCUCCACGGCGAACAUGCCCUCCGCUAAGUUCACUAACCCGAAGAACCUCGAUGUUAUCCCGCCAAACCAGGCGUUUACCGUCUCUCUCGCUAUUCAGGGCAUGGAGACAGGCCAUUUUAUCCAGGGGCACUCCCAUGUCGUCAUCGAGCAGCUGAGCUCACUCACACAGACAACACCGACCGACCCUAGCAAGUUCGCGUUUUUCAAGGGCCUGAACGACCCUGCGAAUAACGGCAUUCUCACCGCGGACGUGACGAAUGGUCUUCCUGAAGGGACAUACAAGAUCUCGACGAUCAACAGUGCCGCAAACCACCAGCCGGUCUUGGUGCCCAUCGCACAGCACGGAUCUCUUGAUGAUGUAGUCUACUUCACUGUCAGUAACAACGCCAAUACCAACGGUGCCGCUGCCAGUUCUGGAGGUGGCUCUGCGGUGUCCUCAACAGCUACGGGUGGAGCAGCAGCCGCGACAAGUUCUGCUCAAGCUGGCGGAGGCGGAGGACAAGGAGGAAAUGGAGGAAACGGGCAAGGUGGUAAUGGCGGUGGCAGGGGUGGAGGCGGCAAUCGUCGCCAUUUCCUUGCUCGCAACAACAUGCAUUAGUAGUGAAGGUCAUAGUCAUUUAAUGGGUUCGUCACUUAAUGGGUUCGUGCAGGAGGUGCUAGGAUCUCUGUCCUGCAUCAUUUGGUUUCUCUCAAAAAAUCCCUUGUAAGGUUUAUUUUUCGCUGAUUGUGCCGGCGUUCUCCUGUAUCCCUAUCUGUAGCGUCACCCGCUCUAUAUCCGCGAGUUGCGGUAUUUUUUGUACUUUCAAGUAGUCGGUCUAGCUAAAACUAGAAUCAAGCACGGGUUGGACCUCCAUUGCUUCCAUGAGAUCAC